AUGGCAGAUGAAACUCAGUUGUGCUCAAAUUGCAAACGGGAUGUCUCUACAACAAAUUUUGUCAUGCAUGAGAUGCACUGUCGACGACAUAUUGUCCUGUGUGAGCACUGUGGGGAACCUGUCCAUCGCGCUGAGCUGGAGCAACAUUUCAGUGACCUUCAUGCACAGGUCCCAUGUGAGAAGUGCCAGAAACUGUUGUCCAAGUCGGAUAUGGACAAGCAUUUGAAAGAAGACUGUUCCAAAAAGCUCAUGGGAUGUGAAUAUUGUGAGUUGUCGUUGCACAAGAAUGAGAUGGAAGCACACUUGGACUACUGUGGCAGCCGCACCGAGUGUUGCCCGCUGUGCCAGCAGUACAUCAUGCAGAAGGACAAGCUGCGGCAUGAGAGCUCUGGCUGCACAUACCCAGAGCCCAAAUCCCAGCCUGCAGAUCCAUACAGGCUAGAAGAGCUGGAGCAGAUGAUGACUAAUGCAGUACUGGGAAAUCACAAUUUCACUGGAGCCUACUUUAGACAGGGUAAAAUUCCUACCAACAAAAGGACAGAAUUAAAUGCACAGAGGGCCAAAAAUGUAUUGAUCCCAGAGAUUCCAAAUGAAAGUUUCAAUCCUGUCUCAUCUGAUGUGGAUUACGACACAAUGCUGGCAUUGCAGUUGGCUCAUGAAGAUUGGUUGUUGGAUGGAGGUAUUGAAACACAUGGUCACGAAGUAGGUGGUCUGCCAAGUUACUCAGAGGAAGGCCAUUAUGGAUUUGACAAGUUUGGGGGCAUACUUGAUGAUGGUGGUCAACUGUGGUCAGAUUUAUUGCCGCUCAACAAAUCUGAAACUUCAGACAGGAAUUCAAGAGUCGCUGCAGAGAAUGAUGAGGACAUGAGUAUACCCUGUGAGUUCUGUGAGGCUGUAGUUCCAUUGAGUGUCUACAUAGUACACAUGGAAUGCUGCCCCGCAGCACUGCAAAGAAAUGCCACAGAUCUAAACAAUGAGCAAGUCUCUGUGCCACAGAUCUCAAGCAGAUCUACAAUCCCAGUUAUAAAUAACUUACGACCCUCAGAAUACCUUCCAGAGUACCAGCAGCUUUUUGAUGUUGAUGGGGAAGUUGAGGAUUUCAUGUUACCUUGUGAAUUCUGUCAGGAAUCAUUUCCAUCAGAUGUGAUUAUACAACAUCAGAGUGUCUGUCAAGCAGACAGAGCAGUCACCUCAAGGGAAACGUCUCCAAUGAGAAAUCACAGACAAAUCAAACCGCAGCAGUCGUCUAACCAAACAUCUUUCAACCCGACCAGCAGAUCACCUCCAAGACGGAAAGUUCCUGCAGCAAGCAGUUUCCCGGGCAAGGAAGAUAGUGGUGACUUUGUCAACUGGGAUUCCACCAAUGUCAGAACUCACAGUGUCACAGAGUCCAGCAGUAACAAAUAUAGCCCAGCAUACAACAGAUUUGAUAAGGCUAUCACUCGCCCACCACGACGACCAUCAAGGCAGCCAGUGAGUGAGCCCACUACUGACAACUUAGAGGCAAAGAGAGAAAGCAGAAGUGUACAGCGGGCACGUGAAAGUUUGAACCAACUUCUGCAGGAAGACACAAGUGCUGAAACUGUAGACCAAGGAGCUGCGAGACGGAAGCCUGCAGCUUUAGGGGCCUACGACACUAACAGAGCAGAUCCCAAAGAACGAAGAACUAGAAUUGAUAGUCGGACUGUGAUAAAGCGGCUGGAAGAGAGUCGACAGAAACCAACCCAAGCAAGCUCAAGCAAGACCCCCUUGUCACAGAACGUAUUCAGCCCCGGCCGAGGUGACCAGCCAGCACUGACACAACAAACCAGACAACGAAUGGACCAUGUGUUUAGUCCAGAACUGAGGCUAAAGCCUAGUAACAGCUCUCCCCCCAAGAAACGAUGA